CAAACACACGCAACUACACAAGGGAUCCCGAAAAACAACCACGCCUAAUUACCACGCGAGCGCGCGCACUGUCUAUCCCCCGCUUCAUCAUCCAUCCAUCCAUCCCAUCGAUCCUCUCCCACAACCUGCUCCUCCCCCUCCCCCUCCGACGCGCGAAGAUCCGAGCGCGGUCAAUGCGAACGCCAAAGGUAGAUGAGUCGCGCGCUUCGCGUCCCUGCUUCCCAAUCGGUCGUGUCGCCUUAGCUAGCUGAGUCAAAUUCACACGCAUACAGAGAGAGAGAGAGAGAGAGAGAGAGAGAGAGAGAGAGAGCAGUAGUAGUAGAUAUAGAUAGGCUCAUCGCUCAUCGCGGAUAGAUCCCCGCCUCCUCUUCACUCUCCCCAGAAAACCCAGCAAGCCUCCACCCCGCCGCGCCUGGACCGCGUCGCGUCCACGCCGCAACAGAGACAGACGCUCCAAGAGGAGGAGGAGACGAAGAGAUAGCUAUGGACUUCGCGAGUACUUCGAGUAGGUUUUCCAAAGAGGAGGACGAGGAGGAAGAGCAGGAGGAGGAGGACGAGGAGGCCUCCCCGCGCGAGAUCCCCUUCAUGACAGCUGCAGUCACGACGGCCUCCACCGCCUCGUCGUCCUUGCCUUCCGCUGCGGCUUCUUCUGCGUCGGGUUCAGCGGCCUUGCGCUCAAGCCACGGCGCUGGCGCGUCCGGAAGCGGCGGCGGCGGCGGGAACGACGACGUUGAGGUGAUCGAGAAGGAGCACAUGUUCGACAAGGUGGUGACGCCGAGCGACGUGGGGAAGCUCAACCGGCUGGUGAUCCCAAAGCAGCACGCAGAGAAGUACUUCCCGCUGGACGCGGCGGCCAACGAGAAGGGCCUCCUGCUCAGCUUCGAGGACCGCGCCGGCAAGCUCUGGCGCUUCCGCUAUUCCUACUGGAACAGCAGCCAGAGCUACGUCAUGACCAAGGGAUGGAGCCGCUUCGUCAAGGAGAAGCGCCUCGACGCCGGGGACACCGUCUCCUUCUGCCGCGGCGCCGGCGAGGCAGCGCGGGACCGCCUCUUCAUCGACUGGAAGCGCCGAGCCAACGUCCGAGACCCGCAUCGCCUUCCGCGCCUCCCGCUCCCAUUGGCGCCCGCCGCCUCGCCUUACGGCCCGUGGGGCGGCGGCGCGGGCGGCUUCUUAAUGCCGCCCGCGCCGCCCGCCACACUCUACGAGCACCACCGCCUCCGUCAGGGCCUCGACUUCCGCAACAUCAACGACGCCGCGCAGGCCAGGCAGCUCCUCUUCUUCGGCUCAGCGGGCGUGGCCCCGCGCGGGCCCAUGCUGCCGCCACCGCCGCCGCAGAUGCACAUUACGGUGCAACCGAGCCCCGCGGUCACGGGCGGCCUGCCCAUGGUUCUCGACUCGGUGCCACUCGUCAACAGCCCGACGGCUGCCGCGAAGCGCGUCCGCCUAUUCGGAGUCAACCUCGACAACCCUCAGCAAGGUAGCGGCGAGUCAAGCCAUGACGCCAACGCAUUGUCGCUGCGGAUGCCUGGAUGGCAAAGGCCAACACAAUUAAGGUUUCUCGAAUCGCCUCUGCACGGUGCCACCGGUGCAACUGGAGCCGAGUCUUCUGCAGCGUCGUCGCCAUCGUCGUCGUCGUCCUCCAAGAGAGAAGCGCAUUCCUCAUUGGAUCUCGAUCUGUGAGCCGGAUCGAUCAGGGGACCUCGAUCGGGAGCGUACAAAAGGAAAGUUCAACAAUCCUUCCUUCCGCCCGUUUCAUCUUCUUCACCUUUUGAGAUUCCGUUAUAACUUUGAUGAUAGGAUCUAGCGUUUAACAUUUUAUUUUCCAAUUUUUGUUCUGGCCAUUCAAAUUCUUGUGUUGGCUUGACUAUAUAUAGAGAGAAGUUAGGCGAAUCGAUUAAUUUUUAAUGCUUUCAUAUGGUUUCAAUUCUUGUUCA